UAUGUUAAAUUUCCAUAUAAGGAAAUGAAAACAUUUGAUAGCCGCUUCCGGUUUAAACACAUGUAAUGAGUAAUUGACUUUCGCGUAGUACGGUAGUUAAUUUUAGGUUUUGAGUCAAAUCAGACAGUCAACCAUACAGAGACCAGGUAAAAGAUGCAGGAUCCAAAUGCAGAUACAGAGUGGAACGAUGUUCUCAGAGCGAAGGGCAUCAUCCCGCCAAAGGAGAAGGAAGUCUCGGAGGAAGACAUCGUCAAUAUAUUGGAGACGACCAUCCAAAAUAAAACAUCUGGGAAAUCAUUUGAGGACAUGUCAUUGGAUGAAUUAAAUGAAAAGGAAGAUGAUAUUGAUGAGGAGGAGGAGAGGAUAUUCGAGGAAUACAGGCGGCAGAGAAUGGCAGAGAUGAAGCAGGCACAGCUAAAGGCUCGGUUCGGAGAAGUCCGAGAAAUCUCCAAGGUCGAUUACGUCACCGAGGUCAACAAGGCGGGGGAGGGUGUGUGGGUAGUCCUACACGUGUACAAACAGGCAAUUCCAUUAUGCAAAUUAAUCAACCAGCAUUUGUCGGCACUUGCCCAGAAGUUUCCUGAUGUGAAGUUCCUGAAGAGUGUUUCCUCUGUCUGCAUUCCUAACUACCCGGACAAAAACCUCCCGACGUUAUUCGUGUACUACGAGGGUGACCUCAAAAAGCAGUAUGUUGGACCAAUGGUGUUUGGUGGAAUGAACUUCAAACAAGACGAACUUGAGUGGAUGCUGUCAGAGGUGGGGGUACUUAAGACAGAGUUGGAGGCUCCGCCCAAACAGGAAAUCCGUGACGUGAUGGACUCAGCGCUACGACAGAGUGGGCAGGGAGAUGACGACAGCGACGAAGAUGAUUGGUGAUCCUCAUAGAAAUAUAUACCAUCGUAUUAUUCCCAUCAAGAAACAAAGACUAA